UUCUCUCGUCCUAGACGAUACCCUGAUAACUACCGACCACAUCCCUGCUCUGGUAAGACCCAGGGCGCGUGCGACGACAGUCUCAAUGCCGAUAUCUCCCAGACCCUCCUCCACGAAAGGCUUCUUGCCUCUGGGAAAUUCAUACUCCAACAAUUUCAACAUGGACGACAACGGCAUACCUCUCACCAACGUGCGCAGCAAUGCAUCCACGGGCGCUCGAAAGCCCAGCCAGGGCGUGUCGUCGGGAAUCGAGGCCCUCGAUCAGACGAGGAGUGAGAAGCAUGGUUUCUUCCACCGCGGUGGUGGCCGCCGGCGAGCUGCUGAACCGGAAGUCAUCACCCGACGCGGUACCGGCGGGUCCGAAGAUGUCUCUCUCAAUGCUAUGGGCAGACUAUACAACAAAAUUAUUAGUUUCUCUGUUGUCACCCGCUACCUCGUCUACAUUCUGCCAGUCGCAAUCAUACUAGCGGUUCCUCUGAUCGUGGUCAGCGUAACCAGCAAUUGGGAAUUGGGCGUUGGUAAUACUACAACGGGAAGCGGCGAUGAUAAAGUCAUCACUAUCGGCCCGCCCAUUUGGAAGCUGUUUGUCUGGAUCGAGGCGGCAUGGCUCAGCUUGUGGGUUGGAAAGAUCGUAGCCCAUCUCCUGCCCCCCAUCUUUAUGUUCUUCUGCGGCGUCGUCAGUUCGGGAACUCGCAAAUACGCCACCGUUAUCCGCGCCCUCGAAAUUCCGCUCUCGCUCUUCUUCUGGGCGCUGGCCUCGUGGCUGAUUUUCAAAAACCUCAUCCAAGGCUUCGACUCCAUAUCAUGGGUAUCUGCCGUGAAGAAUAUCCUCGGGGCUCUGUUUGUAUCCUCGGCGGUGUUCCUCGGAGAGAAAGCCAUUGUGCAACUUAUCAGCAUUACAUACCACCAGAGAUCAUUUGCCAACCGCAUCAAGGACUCGAAGCGGGAAGUUUUCCUGCUGGGGCUCAUGUAUGACGCCUCUCGCACGCUGUUCCCCAUGUAUUGCCCGGAGUUUGCCGAGGAGGACUAUAUCAUCAACGAUAGCAUCGAGUUGAUGCUCGGCGGUAAGAAGGGCCACAAGAAGAGCGGCUCUGUCACCCCCAUGAGGCUAAUUGGCAAUGUCGGUCGUUUUGGCGACAAAGUCACUUCAGUCUUUGGCAACUUGGCCUCAGAAAUCACCGGAAAGCAAGUCUUCAAUCCCAACUCGGCCCACUCCGUGGUGGUCGAGGCUUUGGAGAAGGUCCGCACCUCGGAGGCCAUGGCCAAGCGAAUUUGGAUGUCUUUCGUCGUGGAGGGCAAGGAUUCACUGUUCGCAGAGGACAUCAUCGAGGUUCUAGGCCCUGCUCACCAGAUGGAAGCGGAAGAAUGCUUCCAUGCUGUGGAUGCCGACGGCAACGGGGAUAUCAGUCUCGACGAAAUGAUCCGAAAGGUUGUAGAAAUCAGCAAGGAGCGCAAGGCCAUCUCCAACAGCAUGAAGGAUAUCAGUCAAGCCUUGGCGGUGUUCGAUAAGGUCCUUCUCUUCAUCGUCCUGUUGAUUGUCAUCUUCAUCUUCUUGGCCUUUUUCCAGAGCUCGUUUCUCACAACGUUGGCUACUGCCGGAACGGCACUCCUUUCGCUCUCUUUCGUAUUUGCAGUGACGACCCAGGAGUUCUUAGGUUCCUGCAUUUUCCUGUUUGUUAAGCAUCCAUACGACGUGGGCGACCGCGUCGACAUUGUGGGUCCCGAGAAAGAACAGCUUACCGUGGAGAAAAUCUCGCUGCUGUACACUGUUUUCAACCGCAUCGACAAGAUGCAGGUUGUCCAGGUACCCAACAUUGUUCUCAACAAUCUUUGGAUCGAGAACGUCACUCGCAGCAAGGCGAUGAAGGAAGUGAUUGAAGUCAACAUUUCCUUCGAUACGUCGUUCGAGGACAUUGAACUGCUCCGGAUCGAGAUGGAGAAGUUUGUGCGACAUCCAGACAACGCGAGAGAUUUCCUGCCCGAUAUUGUUAUCGGCUGUGGUGGCGUUGGCGAUUUGGACAAGUUGCAGCUCAAGAUUGCUAUUAAGCAUAAAUCCAACUGGCACAACGACUCUGUCCGCGCAACCAGGCGCUCCAAGUUCAUGUGUGCACUUGCACUUGCGCUGAAGGCUGUUCCUAUCGCCGCGCCUGGUGGUGGCGGCGAGCCUCUGGGAGGACCCACCAAUCCGGCUUAUAAUGUCGCCGUUACGGACACCUUUGCAUCCAGUGCUCGCGAGAAGUCGGACAAAGAGAAAGAAGCUAAGCGCAUGGCAGCUCCCAAACCCGAGCGGAAUCCUUCUACGGCUAGCAGACAUAAUAUUGCUGAGUCUAAUGAGAUGGAGGCCGCCCAGCAUCUUAACAAAAUGAGCGCAGCACGUGCUGCGGCCGAAGACUGGGGAUAUAACCGUGACGACGAUACUUUGAACUCACGGGACCAGUCUGCGGAAAGAGAUCGGUCAACCGAGAUAGAUAACCUGCGUCUGGACCUCCAUAAGCGGGAGAGUACGCGUAGCGGACGACGAGUGGCCGGCACAGGGCUGCCAGCGAAUGCGUUUGCGGAUAACACCACACCUGGCAUCCAAGUGACGCAGUACAAGACUGGGUCGUUCGACGAAGAAGCCGCGAUUGGUGGCGCUGGUUCGUAUGGCGCCCACCCUCAAGCCCAGUCGAGCUACAACAUAUUUCCAGGGCAACAGCUUCAGCCUAGUGGGUCCUACUCACCACCGAUCCGAAGCAACUCACAGACGGCGCAAGCCAUGCCUCACCCGUUGCAGAGCGCACCAUCGCCGUCCCGAGCGGCGACCGUUUCAGGCGCCAGGACCAGAGGAGCCAGCGUUUCCAGACCCCUCAGUAAUAGUUCCAACAAUCCAUAUCAACAACAACGAUAGACCGUACAAGCACAUAGGAUCGAGGUAGACGGAUAGCAGGCCAUAAAACGAAGUUAUUAGAGAGACAAGGUCACAUUUUCUU